AUGGAAUUUCAUGAAAAAGUACUUGACAAAUUAAAAGAGUGGGUUGGUUUUUAUAAUUUUGAGAUUUUGUAUGACACUGAUAUUUCUUCCCGUGAUGAAAUAUCAUUCAGAACUUCACUUAUUGCAAAAAAUAAUUACACUUUCUUGUUGACAACUUCAAGUGGUGUCAUUUUUGGUAACUUUUUGAAUGAAAAACCAAGAAACCAAUUUGUAAAGGAUAAAAAUUAUUUUAUUUUCUUUAUUGAAACACCUUUUAUAGAAGACCAACAUCAACUGCCAAUUAAAUUCCAUAGAAAUGGAAAGGACUAUUUGGGAAAUAAUUCGUUGGACUGUUUUUCGCUUGGUUCCGUCGACAAUGCAAUGUUUAAUAUGUUUUCAAUUAUAGUAAAUGGAUACGCAAAUCCGACAUUCUAUUUUAAUCAAUACACAGAAUCUCUUUAUAAUGGAAUAAAUACAAAGUUGUUCGGAGGAAAUGUGUGCAAGUUAAAAUUAUUAGUCUUUUUUACAGGGAAAGGGCGUGCAAGACUAAAUUUUAGUUCAAAAACAUUUUAUUAA